GGCCAGAAGCACUUGGAAAACGAAAAAUAGAUGGAGAAGAUAACUGUGAUUCAAAGAAGCUCCAGGCAACCAUUUCAAUAGAAGGACCACUGUCAUUGGAAAGCCCUGUACUGAUGCUUCCUAUUACUGAACAGGAGAUUUUUUCUGAAGUGUAUACUGGCAUUCUUGGUGGAAAGUCAUUUGUCAUCCAUGGACUGUAUCAAUCUGGAAAGACAUCCUUUUUGUUAUUGUGGGCACUUGAAGAAACACUCAAGAAGAAGAAGGAACCUAACUCAACUACAACUGUUGUCUAUCUCGAUAUGUCAGACAUCUCAAAGAAUUGUAAUCAGAUGGAUGCAGAAGAAGCAUUUUCUCACUUCAUGUCAUUCAGUAUCUUUGGUCAAACCCUCUCUUGGAGUGAGCUGGUUGGCCAGCUUCAACAUCUAUCUCCCAAUUCCCGUUUAUACCUCCUUGCAGAUGAAUUCCAGUUUGUCUUCCAUGCCUCAGAUCUCCUCCAAGUAGCCUGUGAUUUUUUCAGAAAUCUUUCAAGUAAGAAAGCAGUAUCUUAUGUCAGUGUGGGCACCUUCAAGCUCAUGGAACUCCAGGAUGAUGAUGGAAACCUUGACUCACCUUUUAACAAGGCUGCAUUUUGUGAGAUGCCAUUCUUUACACAUGCAGAAGCUUUUUGA